GAUCACAAUGGGCUCCAUCGCUGCAGCAAAUGCAGAAUUUUGUUUUGAUGUAUUCAAAGAGCUGAAAGUCCACCAUGCCAACGACAACAUCUUUUAUUCCCCCCUGAGCAUCAUUUCAGCCCUGGCCAUGGUCUAUCUGGGAGCGAGAGGUAACACUCAAUCUCAGAUAGAGAAGGCUCUUCAUUUUGAUAACAUUACAGGAGUUGGAGACACUAUUGACUCCCAGUGUGGCAUUUCUGAAUACAUCCGCAAUUCAUUCAAGGAUCUUGUCUCAGACAUCACUGUGCCAAAUGCUACAUACUCAUUCAAGAUUGCUGACAGACUCUAUAUUGAAAAAACAUACCCCAUUCUUCCGGAAUACUUAAAGUGUGCAAAGAAAUUCUAUGAAGCAGGGCUGGAAGAUGUUAACUUCAAAACAGCUACAGAGGAAGCAAGACAGCUCAUUAAUUCCUGGGUGGAGAAAGAGACAAGUGGACAGAUCCAAGACAUCCUUGAACCAGGCUCUGUUGAUCUCGACACUGUGCUGGUCCUUGUGAAUGCCAUUUUCUUCAAAGGCUUAUGGAAGACAGCGUUUAAAGAAGAACACACUCAGGAAUUUCCCUUCAGAGUGACAAAGGAAGAAAGCAGACCCGUGCAAAUGAUGUGUCAGAACAGUACCUUCAAAGUGGCAGCAGUGGCUGCAGAUAAAGUUAAGAUCCUGGAGCUUCCGUAUGCCAGCGGAGAGCUGAGCAUGUUGGUGCUGUUGCCUGAUGAUGUCUCUGGCCUGGAGCAGCUUGAGAACAAAAUCAGCUCUGAAAAACUUACUGAGUGGACCAGUCCUAAUGUGAUGGAAAAGAAGAGAGUGAAAGUCUACCUCCCGCGCAUGAAGAUUGAGGAAAAAUAUAACCUCACAUCUGUCUUAAUGGCCUUGGGCAUGACUGACCUGUUCAGUCCUUCAGCCAAUCUGACUGGCAUCUCUUCCACAGAGAGCCUGAAGAUAUCUGAGGCCGUCCAUGAGGUGUACAUGGAAGUCAAUGAAGAGGGAACUGAGAUAGCAGGUUCAGCUGAGGUGAUGGGAGACAUCAAGCAUUCCCCUGAGUUUGAAGAGUUUAGGGCUGACCACCCUUUCCUUUUCUUGAUUAAACACCAUCCAACCAACAGCAUCCUCUUCUUUGGUAGAUAUCGUUCCCCCUAGAGAAAGAAAGAGCUGGAAAUAAUGCUUCCCUUCCCCUCAGGAAUAGACCCCCUUUACCUUAACACUGUAGUUUAAUCUCAUCUCUUCAAUAUUUUCUCCAAGUCGAAAGCCUUCAAUAUCUAGGGAGAUAUUCCUGAAGAAGCAUGUGACUUUUCAGAUCUUUAGGUGCAGGUAUUUCUGUUCAUGCAACUUGUGUUCAGGACUUAUAUCCAGGAUUGAAUGAGAAUUUCAGGAGGUAGCUUAGGAAUAUUUCCCUUUGAAUUACUUGAGAGACAGAGCUAGUGUCUUGAUUUUUGUGAGAAAUCCUGCCAUUGCUAUUGAGAAACUGGUUUCUUUAUAGGAGUUCUGUGAAAUAAACGCAGCUUUCAGAAUAAUCCUGGUCCUUUCUCUUGAACAUGCUGGGCUACCCUCUUGGAAUUGAUGCUUGACAACUUGCAGAUGAAAUUCUAGACUUUCAGGAAUGCAUUUGAUCUUCUUUUUGGUGCACGUACUAUAAGGCUGUCUCUUGUUCUGAGGGAGCUUACAGAAAGCCUACAAUUUCUUCAUAAACCACCAUCUCCAAAUAGAACACCUUCCUGACUGAUAUAAUGUCCUGUCUUCAUUCCAGUGACAUAUCAUUGAUUUAUGAAUGUUAAU